AUGGGUGUGACAGCGGCAAACAUGGAGCAGCAUUUCGCAGGUUGGCUAAGUAAAACAGAAGAAGAAAGGGCUCAGCCAAGCGGCACUGUGACUCGCCGUGAACGCUAUGUACUUGGACGUCCAAAGCCAGUUCAGCCAGAAAGUGUUAUAGGAUCAACGGAUGCUCGGUGUCAAUCGAAAAAGGUUGUGAAAGCAAAUGCAGUUCAGCUUCAAUCAGAAGGUAUUGUACGGCUUUCUGGAUCUCAUCGUGAACCUCAGAAUCCACCAAGAAAUGUACAAUCUCACCGUAGAGCUCAGAAUCCACCGAGAGUUGCGCAAUUGAAUGAAGCUUCAGGACAAGCUACACAGCGUUCUGGAUCUCAUCGUGAAGCACAGAAUCUACAAAACGUUGCACUAUUAAAUCAAAUUGCUUAUCAACGUGCUUCUGUACUUCAACUCUCUCUAAAGGCGAAAAAAGCUAUUGAACUAUCAAAUAAAAUUCAGAAUCUGUCUGAAGAAGCAGAUGGAAAAGAGCAAAUAUUGGAGACAAUUGCGACUCUCAGGACUGUACUAAGUGAUAUCGAAAAAAUGAGAUAUCUGGCGAUGGAAAUGGGGGAGGAAGUCGCAAAUAUGGUCGAUAAAUUGAAUUUGAAAGGUAAAUUUUAAAUUAUUUUUAAAUUUUUUUACUUUUUUUUUAAAAUUUUACCUCCCCCCCAAUUCUUACUAAACCUAAACUCAUGCUUAUCGAAUACAAUUUCCAGGUGAACCUGACGCAUCUUUAAGCAAGCGGCUACAAGAAACAAGCCCUCCAGAACCCGCGUUAAAUGUCAGUAACGCUUCGUCGGACUACUCGCUAGUUGAUUACCCAGAAGAUGACAUUUCAGAAGAUGCCAUGGAAUUUUAA